AACCAGGAACCUCUUGAGGAUUCUGGGAUUUUUCUGUUUAUGGAUUACAGCUGAGACUCAAAUGAAAAUCCCACCCGAAACGGUGCAGCAGUGGGCGUUAGCAUUCUCCGUUGAACUUCGAGACAUUACAACCAAAUACUCCGGCUCCCUGCUGCUGCAGAAGAAACUGAAGGAUGUGGAGUCCAUCGUCAAGAUUGUGGAGCUGAACGGAGAUGACCUUGUGAAGGACUACUCUGAUGACAUCGAACGAAUGUUGGGAAGUAAGAUGAAGUCUGUAAAGCGGUUAGCAGAAUCCGCAGAGGAUGCUGACCUGUACCAUGAAUUCAACGCUACUUUACAGUUUGAUUACUACAACUCCAUGCUGAUCAACACGGUGGAUGAAGAUGGAAACAACAUAGAGCUGGGUGGAGAGUUUCCCCUCGAAGAGAACGAGCAUUUCAACAAAUUGCCUGUGAACACGCAGCAGAGCAACAUUCAGGUUCCCACCAACGUCUACAACAAAGAUCCAAACAUUCUCAACGCCAUCUACAACUCAGAGGCUUUAAAUGACGUCUUCAUCGGUAACUUCCAGAAGGAUCCUACACUGACCUGGCAGUACUUUGGCAGUUCCUACGGCUUCUUCAGGAUCUACCCUGGUAUUAAAUGGACUCCAGACUCCAACGGUGUGGCAGCCUUUGACUGCAGGAACAGAAACUGGUACAUCCAGGCAGCUACAUCACCGAAGGACAUCAUCAUCAUGGUGGACAUCAGUGGGAGCAUGAAGGGCUUGAAGAUGACUAUUGCUAAACACACCAUCAACACCAUCCUGGACACACUGGGAGAGAACGACUUUGUCAACGUCAUUGCUUACACUGACUAUGUCCGCUACGUGGAGCCAUGCUUCAGAGGAACUCUGGUCCAAGCUGACUUGGACAACCGAGAGCACUUUAAGUUGCUGGUGGAGGAACUGCAUGUCAAAGGAGAAGCAAAAAUCAAGAAUGCCAUGAAGGAAUCCUUCAAGAUCCUAAACGAGGCCAGGGUGAAUGGUCAGGGCAGCAUGUGUAACCAGGCCAUCAUGCUGAUCACAGACGGAGCCAUGGAAGACUUUGAGUCUGUCUUUGAGGAAUUCAACUGGCCUGAGCGCAGGGUGAGAGUCUUCACCUACCUGAUUGGCAGAGAGAUGACCUUCGCUCAAAACACCAAGUGGAUCGCCUGCAACAAUAAAGGGUAUUACACACACAUCUCAACGCUGGCUGACGUGCAGGAAAACGUCAUGGAGUACCUGCACGUGCUCAGUCGUCCCAUGGUCAUUAACCACGACCAUGACAUCAUCUGGACAGAAGCCUACAUGGAUACUGUGCUCUUCGCCACCAAAGCUCAGAGUCUCCUGCUGAUGACCUCAGUGGCCAUGCCCGUCUUCAGCAAGAAGAAGGAAACGCUGUCUCAUGGGAUCUUGCUGGGAGUGGUAGGCACAGAUAUUCCUCUUAUGGAGGUGAUGAAGCUUGCACCCAGAUACAUGCUGGGAGCACACGGCUACGCCUUCCUCCUCAACAACAACGGUUACAUCCUGGCUCAUCCUGACCUUCGACCUCUGUAUAAAGAUGGAAAGAAACUGAAGCCGAAGCCAAACUACAACAGUGUAGAUCUGUCUGAGGUGGAGUGGGAAGACAUAGAUGAGAUGCUGAGAACAGCAAUGGUGAAAGGAGAGACAGGCAGCAUCACUCUGAGCAUCAGAGCGUCUGUGGAUAAAGGGAAAAGACCCCUUUACCUGGUCAAUGACUAUUUCUACACAAACAUUGAUGAAACGCCUUUCAGCUUCGGCAUGGUGCUGACGAGGGGUCACGGCAGUCUGAUGUUUAUGGGAAACGUGUCUGUGGAAGAAGGGCUGCACGAUCUGACCUCCCCAGACCUCAGGAUUGCCUCUGAGUGGACUUACUGUGAGACGGACAUUGAUCCUGCUCACCGAAAAUACUCUCAGCUUCAGGCUGUGGUUCGCUACCUGCAGGGGAAGGAGCCUGACCUCGAGUGUGACGAGGUGUUACUACAGCAGUUGUUGUUUGACGCCGUGGUAACGGCUCCAGUGGAGGCCUACUGGAAUGCCUUGCUGCUGAAUGACAGGGUGGAGCCAGGGGUGGAGACGGCGUUCCUCGGCACUCGUUCUGGACUGAUGAGGCACAUGAAAUACGCAGGGAUGGAGAUGAGGGUGGCGAAGAGGUUCCUGACCCCAUCUGAUAAAGACAACCUGUUCACUAUGGACCACUUCCCCCUGUGGUACCGCUUGGCUGUGGAAAACACUCCAGGGACAUUUUACUACUACCCUCAGAAUUUUCUCUCUGCAGGAGUGAAAUAUAUCAUAGCAACGACAGCAGUGGCGGUUUCAUCUGGAGGAAAGAUGGCCAUGGCAGGAGCUAUCGGGGUGCAGAUGUCCUUGGAUUUGCUGGAAAAGAGGUUCUGGGCCAUUGCCAAGCAGUGCACCAACAUUGAAGGUGUGUGUCCUCUGAGCUGUGAGAGUGACGAACUAAGCUGUUUCCUGGUCGACAACAACGGCUUCAUCGUGUUGUCCAAAGAAAGGAACGAUAUUGGCCGUUUCUUUGGUGAGUUGGACGGCUCCAUCAUGGCUUCACUAAUGAAGAUGGGAAUGUACAAAAAAGUGUCGUUGUUUGACUACCAGGCCAUGUGUAAGAACAGCCACCAUCACGCCAGCAGCGCCCGACCUUUGCUCAGCCCAUUCUACGUCAUGGUGGCCUUGAUAAGAUGGCUCUUUUCCAAUGCAGUGAUGUUCCUCCUGGACUUUAACCUCUGUGGUUUCUGGCACUCUGAUUACUUUGUGGACGCCAAAGCUGGUUAUCACACAUCUCAUAAACAGAAGAAGGUGGAGGCGCUGGUACCAUGUGACACGGCAUAUCCUGGUUUCAUGUAUGACCCAUCCGUCAGAGAGGCCAACAGCCUCAUCAAGUGUGGACGCUGCCAGAAGAUGUUUGUGGUGCAGCAGAUUCCUGACAGCAACCUGGUUCUGGUUGUGACUCAAGCUUACUGUGACUGCUCUCGACAGUAUGGAUCCAUCCUGCUGGAGCCCAAAGAAAUCAAAUAUAACGCAACAGUGAAGUGCAACAGGAUGAAAUCUCAGAAGGUGCGGCGGCGCCCAGAGUCCUGCCACGCCUACCACCCAAAGGAGGAUGCUACAGAGUGUGGGGGGGCGUCAGCUAUCUCCAUGUCAUCGCCUCUCUUGUCCGCCUCUCUGUUCGUCUCAUCGGUCCUCCUCGGCUGGACGUAAACCAGGACAAACCUGCCAACAGGAGGAAACAUGAUCACAUCCCGUUCUGAUUCUGAUUCCAGAGGAACUCUGACGGACGACUCUGGAUGUUCAG